CCAGAGAACAUUCACUUGUCUCCUUCACGAAAAUUGUAAUGUUUAUUCUGUGUUCUGUUUGCAGAACAUGGCGUUCUGAACCUUGGCACAGUGGGAGAACCUAGGCUGAAGUACAGUCCAUUGUUUACCCUGCAGGGGCCUGUGUGUGCCCUGGAAAGCGCUGCCCAUUCACAUGGACCCCAUAGAGCUGAGAGACGUCAACAGCAGCCCUGACGAGGAGAGUUCCAGUGGAGGCGGCGGACAGGAUGGCUAUGGCACAAUAGGGAAGCCCGAGAAGACCGCAAUGAGCAGUCAGUUCACCGACAUGGACGCUGAGAGCCAGAAGUUCCUGACAAAUGGGUUUCUGAGGGAGAAGACACUGGCGGACUGUGGCGACGAACACCACCCGGGAACCACACCCUUCGGGAUGUCCUCCUUCAACCUGAGCAACGCCAUCAUGGGCAGCGGGAUCCUGGGCCUGUCCUACGCCAUGGCCAACACGGGCAUCCUGCUGUUCAUAAUCCUGCUGUUCACAGUGGCAGUCCUGUCUUUGUACUCGGUUCACCUGUUACUGAAGACGGCCAAGGAGGGAGGGUCUUUGAUUUAUGAGAGAUUAGGGGAAAAAGCCUUUGGCUGGCCUGGGAAGAUCGGAGCUUUUGUUUCCAUCACGCUGCAGAACAUGGGAGCCAUGUCCAGCUACCUAUUUAUCAUCAAAUACGAGCUACCCGAAGUAAUCCAAGUGUUCCUGGGACUGGAAGAGAACACCGGGCAGUGGUACCUCAACGGAAACUACCUGGUGAUCCUCGUGUCUGCGGCUGUGAUUCUCCCACUCUCACUCCUGAAGAAUUUAGGCUACCUGGGCUACACCAGUGGAUUCUCUCUCAGCUGCAUGGUGUUCUUUGUCAGUGUGGUCAUAUACAAGAAAUUCCAGAUUCCCUGCCCCCUGCCCAACCUGGGCCCAAGCGCAGGAAACCUGACCUUCAAUGGCACAGCGGUGGCACACGUGGUCCUGCUGCCCAAUGGAUCCGAGAGCACCAACGUGAACUUCUUGGUCGACCUCACCCAGCACGGACCUGCGGAGCUGACAGAGAGCCAGGCCAGGGGCAGCGGCAUGGAGUUCGAAGCCCAGAGUGACUCCAAGUGCCAGCCCAAGUACUUCGUGUUCAACUCCCGGACAGCCUACGCGAUUCCCAUCCUGGCGUUUGCCUUUGUGUGCCACCCUGAGGUCCUGCCCAUCUACAGUGAGCUCAAAGACCGGUCACGGAGGAAGAUGCAGACAGUGUCCAACGUGUCCAUCACAGGGAUGCUGGUCAUGUACCUGCUGGCAGCCCUCUUUGGGUACCUGACCUUUUACGGGGAAGUGGAAGACGAGCUCCUGCAUGGCUACAGCAAAGUGUACACCUUCGACAUCCUGCUUCUCAUGGUGCGCCUGGCCGUGCUGGUUGCCGUGACCCUGACCGUGCCCAUCGUCCUGUUCCCGAUCCGCACCUCGGUCACCACACUGCUGUUCCCCCAGAGGCCGUUCCGCUGGGCACGGCACUUUGUCAUUGCGGCCGUGAUUAUCACUGUCAACAACAUUUUGGUCAUCCUGGUGCCCAACAUCAAAUACAUCUUUGGAUUCAUAGGGGCAUCUUCAGCCACGAUGCUGAUUUUCAUUCUCCCAGCAGCGUUCUAUCUGAGACUCGUCAAGAAGGAGCCGCUGCGGUCACCGCAGAAGGUCGGGGCCGUCAUCUUCCUGGCGACCGGCGUCAUCUUCAUGAUCGGCAGCAUGGCCCUCAUCAUCAUCGACUGGGUCUACAACCCUCCCAGCUCCAAGCAUCACUAGCCAAGGAUGGACCCCUCCAGUCGGACGUGGCUGCACAGCCCGCUGCCGCAGAGGCCCUCAGCCAGCCACCGGAAGCAGCAGUAUGGCCGGACUCCUGCAGAUGAGAGGAACAACGUGGGUCAGGAAUGCUGUUUACAACCUGAGGUGCAUACCUCUGCAGCUGCCCAAGAGCCCUGCCUGUUGUCACCCAGUGAUGCCCCCUCCCUCUGUGUCCCCCAUUCACACCACAGCCCUGAUUCGAGAAGCCCACAUGUGCCUGUCUCGGGGGUCUGGGAGAAGGCAUGCUCGGGGGCUGCCUGUAGCGGCAGCUUCCUGGUGUGGAGGGCAGCAGCGAGGGUGCUCAUGACCCCUGCACGGAGGUUCCCAGCCUUGCUGCCAUCACCCCAUCUUCCACACAGGCAUGACUGCCACCCAGUGUCAUUGGAGACAUUUGGACUUGAAGACCUUGAGUGCAGUCUAGGCCACC